CAAAAGUAACAAAACCCCAUCUGUUUCAUCUACCGGUGACACAAAACCCAUCCAAAACCCCGAAAAUUGAAGCCACCCGGAAAUGUUGCAGAUCACCACCAUCGUCUUCCCCACAAUUUCCUACUCAGUUCCACCAUCUCUCUACAACCCCACUUCUUAUCCAACUCUGUUCCCAUUACCCUUCUACUGCUCUUCAAUUUCAACGCACCCCCACCACAAGCAGCGCUACCUACGCCUACAAUGGCGACCGAAACAAUUGAAGAAGAAGGCACCGUUUGUGGCCUCUGCCGCCACUUAUGAAGUCGGAGGAGGUUACCCAGAUGAAGAAUUAGAUCCGCAAGACAGAGGUAAGGUCCCCCGAGAUCGUGGGACUAAGAAAUUUGACCCCUCAGAGUGUGAAGCUCUGCUCAAAGGUGGAGAACAAGUCACUUCUGUUCUCGAAGAGAUGAUUAUCCUUUUGGAAGAUAUGAACAUGGACGAGGCAUCUGAAGAGGUGGCUGUGGAGCUGGCUGCACAAGGGGUCAUAGGAAAGAGAGUUGAUGAGAUGGAAUCUGGUUUUAUGAUGGCUUUGGACUACAUGAUCCAACUUGCUGAAAAUGACCAAGAUGAUAAGCGCAAGUCACUACUGGAAGUGAUAAAGGAGACAGUAUUAUCCCAUCUAACAAAAAAGUCUCCCCCGCAAGUUCAAGUAGUAGGACUGCUGUGUAGAACUCCUCAGAAAGAGAGCAGACAGGAAUUAUUACGAAGAGUAGCUGCUGGCGGUGGUGUGUUUAAGAGUAAAAAUGGAACUAAAGUUCAUAUUCCUGCUGCAAAUCUGAAUGAAAUUGCUAAUCAAGCUGAUGACUUACUGGAGACAAUGGAAACACGACCUUUUGUUCCGGAUCGAAAAUUGCUUGCAAGACUAGUUUUAAUUAGAGAGGAAGCUCGGAAUAUGAUGGGAGGGGGCAUAUUAGACGAGAGAAAUGACCGCGGUUUAAGUACUCUUCCAGAAGCAGAGGUGAACUUCUUAACAAAAUUGGUUGCUUUAAAACCAGGGAGAGCUGUUCAGGAGAUGAUAAAAAAUGUGAUGCAAGGAAAAGACGAAGGUGCUGAGACUGCUGGCUCUGAUGAGGAACAUACAACUAAUGGGCAGUUUUCAGGUGGACUCAGGGGAAGGGCGAGUGUGUCGGGAAGAAAGCCGCUUCCAGUUCGCCCUGGCAUGUUUCUCGAGACUGUAACCAAGGUCUUGGGUGGUAUAUAUGCUGGGAAUGUUCCCGGUAUCACAGCACAACAUCUAGAAUGGGUUCAUGAAAAGACACUUCAGGUGCUUGAGGAAAUUGCAUUCUAGAUGUAUUAUGAUGGAAUCAAUCGCCAAUAUCCUACCGGAUCACACUUUAGUUAGGGAUCAGCUGAAGCAACAGGAUGAAGAUUCAGAGUACUUGUUUAAACAAUAGCAAAACACCAUGUGAAUGAAGGGUCCCCACAAAAACAAGGUAUUUCUAUUUGUAAGUGAGGUAGGGCCUUGUGAUGAUUUGAAUGUUGUGAGUAGUAGAAGCAUACACAGCAAGGAUUUGUUAUACAUUCCUUAAUUAUAUAAUCUACAGCCUUUUCCACCCCCAUGACCUCUUCUUCAUCUCAUUCCAUAAUUCCCUUUUGUUUAAAUCGAAAAACAAGAAAAUGUGCGAAACCUUCCAACCGACUUGGAUUUGGCACUAAGCAAUCUCUUCUUAUGGCCUCUCUAACCCCACAUUUUGGCCUAGAAAAUAUAUGCCUACCCCCCUUAUGAUCUCUUCUCCUUAAGAUAAAAAUUCCUUUUCAGAAAGGGAGAAAGAAAUAAAAAAGAGGGCAUUUGGAAAAGUUUUGAGUUGCCCAUUAGCAGUCUUUUCAAACACAAUAGUGCCUCACAACCAUAGAAGAUAUGGAAAUGAUGACCCACAUGUGUCUAAAAUGAUAUUAUUCAAGUCUCACUUUUGUCAAGGGAUCAAAUGGUUUUUUGGGUCACUGAUUUAUCAUCUUAUGGGUGUUUUUAUUAAUUUAUUAAGUGUAAUGAUUUUGGUAAAAGGUGAUAUCAAAGUAUGGUCUGUAAUGAUGAAUGUGUUGAUACCCUUCACAUGAGAAAAUUAAAAAAAAAAGAUGAUUUUUUUUUUUUUCACAUAUAAACGUAAUGGUUAGUUCUUAGUUGUGUUAUGUUCA